GGAUUACCUACCUACGUCCUGUUCUUUCAUAUAUUAAUCCGGGUCUACCCAGUCAGCCAGUCCCAAGAUCCCCGGGCCAUGCCUUUAUUAACUUAGCCCCAAGACCCUGUUGGUCAUCAAUCCGGAAUCAUCUGACUCAAAUAUUCCAAGGCUCUAAGGCUCUAAGGCUCAGGAAUAAGGACCCAAAAACAACAACAACGACAAACCGCAUACGACAACUGCAACACGUAGCAUUUCGAAUCUUGCAAGCUUGCUGUCUUUAAUAUAUCGAUACCAAUAUACGCCGUCCAUAUUUGCUACAGUGAUUUUACUCGUCUACCUCAUUGUUUCAUUGCCCUAAUAAGGUCAUCACAAGUCUUCAAGUCGGUCCAGCAGUCCAGGCAAUAUCCAGGCAAUACGACGUAACCUGCAUCUUCCAUUUGUUACUGGCCUCGACCCACACGUUAAUCCACACCCCCACCAAACCCAACGCAGAAAAAGACCAAGAUCUCAAUCUUGAGUCCUUUGACUACUAUCCCAUUCCAUCGCUAUAUUCUCGCUAGAAUCAACAUCGAUAUCCUUUUGUUUGAGUACAUCGACGUCAAACCGCCCGACCAGCCGAUUAGCCAUACAUCACAAUUCUAUAAUGGACGCAUUGAGGGGGUCUUCGCCAGCUAAGAACGUGGCCGGUUGCGAGUCACCCGAACAACUACUCGAUUCCUUCAAAGCCGCAGCAUUAUCCGUGACAAAGCUCUAUAAAACCUCGGUCGCCGCCCAGACAAAAGCCCGGGCCGAUGGAUAUCAAGACUGUUUGGAUGAUCUCCUAGCUUUUCUUGAUAAGUCGAACAUUGGUGUCAGCGACGGCGAAGGGUGGCUGAUCCGGAAGUGGGCAACUGAGCGCCUGGACGGACGAGACAUAUCGCCCCAAACCUUGGAGAGCGAGGACGAAGUAGAAAAGCCUGAACCAGCCUCAUCGCCCGAAAUCCAUCAUUCCGGUAGCCAAACGCAACUUUCCGUGAUGCGAAAUGAACCCCACUUGCAACCAGAGCAUACCCCCGCGUCUACCCAUCAAUCGACCGUCAACUCUCCUGCGGGGGAACAGCAAAUGAUUUCCGUUCCGACUCAGGACAGUUUCACCUUUCGGGCAUCACACCCAUACCCUCAAGAACCAUACCUAAAUUUGGAGAACCUGGACCUCUCAGAUUCGACCCGGACAAACGACGGCGCUAGCCCGGGGUCUUCCGCCGUCCCCAUCGCUCAUCCGACUCGCUCGCGCACAAACAGGCGAGGAGCUAGGCCAAGGCCUACGAAUCAUCUCGGAAAGGGGGCUGGUCAGAAGCGAACGAUCAACUUCGCCGAGCUAUUCAACGUAGGCGACAUACCAUUUGGAAAGGACAUGUUCGGAAGGGAAGGGAAGAGGAGUCGGCAUAACUGAUCAAGAACAGCCACUGUACAUUUCUUGAUAUGCCUGCUUCACUCCUCUUGCUCCUCGGAUGGAGAUACGAGAUACGCAGCGCAGCAGCUACGACUCUUGACGAAGUUAAUGGGAUUCAAAUUAGGAUUGGAGGCGGGGGGGCAUUGCAUGGUAGCACUGGCAAGCAUUUUGAGGCGUUGAGUACUAUGACAUCGGUUCGUUGUGGUCCCGAGAGGGCGUCCCGGAACUUUUGCUACUUGCUUUCCUAUAGACCAAAGUCAGUCAAUAUCAAACCAAUUGUUCAAGUCUCACGAUUCUUGCGCAUCUGCGAUAAUGUAUUUCUCUUUGUAGAUAACCGACGGGUUUCGAUUCUUUGUCCAGUGUUGUAAAUAGUAAAAGCAUUCACUUGUAAUCAAGAGUCUCUGGUUCCCUGGCGUUAAUGUUUUGAUAUAACAAUCAUUAAUAAUAACACACCUAUCCAGCCCAAGAUUAUCACCGGUAG